AUGUCCCGAUUCUUUGCGGCUGGUUACACUUCCGACACUUCGUCCGAAGAGGAAGAUCUCUUGAGCGGGUCUGAGGAGGAGUUGAUGUCCUCUUCUGAGGAAGAGGCCUUCUCCACCGACUCUGAGUUCGAUAAUGAUUCAGACGACCUGGACUCGGAAGAUGAAGACUACUCGGGCGCCGGCCCUUCCUAUUUUUUGAAGAAGAACUUCUUGAAGGGUUCUGGUGGCGACAGCGACCUGGACUCCGACAAUGAGGGCAGAAAGGUGGUGAAGAGUGGUAAAGAGAAGCUCCUUGAUGAUAUGAGAGAACUGGUUGACCUGAUCUACAACUCGAGGAAUUUGGAGAACUGGAGUGCUGUGUUGAACGAAUUUGACAGAUUGGGUAGAUUGUUGAUCAGAGCCAACCAGCAGAACAUUGCUAUUCCAAACUUCUACUACAAGAUGUUGGGUGAGUUGGAGGAGACGUUAUCUGAAGCCGCCUCCCAGGAUAAGGAGAAGAAGAAGCUUCCUACCGACCAGAACAGAUCUUUCAACACCAUGAAGCAGAGAGUCAAGAAGACUGCUAAGGAAUACCAGGUCUACUUGGACUACUACAAGGAGAACCCAACUGCUUUCGACACAGAGGAGCCAUUGAACAUCGCUUCCACCUUGACUAGUAACGAUACCGGUGCUGGUGGUGCCGUUGUUGGCUCUAUUUCCGGUACGACGAGAUCAUUGAGCCCUGUGUUCCACACUUUGAAGCAAAUCUCUGAAUCCAGAGGUAAGAAGAACAUCGACAAGUUCGAACAGGUUGCCGUAUUGGAGAAGUUGUUGCAAGACGCUUUGCCAGAAGGUAAGCUUUUUGAAAUCAUCUCUGUCUACCAGAUGUUGCUCUCCGUCAGAUUCGAUGCUUCCUCCAGUCAGUCAUACAUGCCGAUCGAUGCCUGGAAGCAAAACGAGAAGGACUUUGUCGACUUCUUGCAGCUUUUGGAGAAGCAUUCUGACAAAUACUGUGUUUCUGAAUUGGGUGUUGCUACCGAUGACAUCGAUAUCGAGCCACCAGCCAACGACAAGGGCGUCAAGGUUAUCUUGGGUUCUGUCGCUGCCAUCGUCGAAAGAUUGGACGAUGAGUUCACCAGAUCUUUGCAAAACUCCGACCCUCACUCUAUUGAAUACGUUGACAGAUUGAAGGAUGAGCCAACUCUCUACCUGUUGAUUGUCCGUGCUCAGGUUUACGUCGAAUCCACUACCAGCAUCUCCGACCACUUGGCCAGAAUUGUCCUCCGCAGAUUGGACCACAUCUACUUCAAGCCAGACCAGUUGAUUGCUCAAAACGAAAGCGUCGCCUGGGAAAGCACCUGGGAUGCUGCUGGAAUCAAGGAGUCUUUGCUUUACACCAAGGGUAAGUCUCCAGCUGAAGUCGUUGGUUCUUUGACUGAAUUCUUGGGCAAGCAGGAUAGCAAGAUCUACAACAAGCAGGCUCUCUUGUGCAAGACCUACUACUACGCCGUCAACAACAAGUACUCUGAAGCCAGAGAAUUGUUCUUGAACUCCCAGAUUUACAGCAAUAUUGGCAGCGCCGACUCUUCUACGCAAGUCUUGUACAACCGUGCUCUUGUGCAGUUGGGUUUGGGUGCCUUCAAGGCUGGCAAGAUCGAGGAAUCCCACCAAAUCUUGAACGAAAUUGUCAACACACAGAGACUCAAGGAAUUGCUUGGUCAAGGAUACAACUCGAAAUACCCAAGUCAGGUAACUACGGCGGAGAAGCUGAAAUUGUUGCCAUUCCACAUGCACAUCAACUUGGAAUUGGUUGAGUGUGUCUUCAUGACCCUGUCUAUGUUGAUUGAAAUCCCAGCUUUGGCUGCUUCUUCCACUUCUACCAAGGACAACAAGAGAAAGGCCAGCAUCAAGUCCUUCAAGAGUAAGUUGGAAUUCCACGAGAGACAGUACUUCACUGGUCCUCCAGAGAGCAUCAAGGACCACUUGAUCUACGCCUCGCGUUACUUGCAGAAGGGUAACUGGGACAAGGCUUACCAGUUGUUGUCCUCUAUCAAGAUCUGGAGAUUGUUUGCUGACAAUGACCUGUUGUUGCUGAUGUUGAAGCAGCAAUUGCAAGUUGAGGGUUUGAGAACCUACGUCUUCACUUACAAAUCUAUCUUCACCAAGUUGUCUGUCGACAAGUUGGCUAAGCAGUUCGACAUUGAGAAGACUGAUGUCCAGUCUAUCCUCGAGAAGAUGCUUACGCAAAACGAGAUCCUGGGCUCUUUGGACGAGUCCAAGGACUUCGUCAACUUCACAACUGACGAGCCUCAGAGAAGCAAGUUGCAAGAGUUGGCCAGCAUCAUGAACGAGAAGCUCGGGCUUUUGCUCGACAAGCAUGAGAAGACUGGAUCUAACGGUCACAGCCGUAAGCAGGCUACUCAGCAACAGCAGCAGCAACAGAAGGAGCAGAAGGAGCAGAAGGAGACACAACAGGAGGAGAACAGCAAGUUCCGUCACGCCAACGUGAACACCAACAACGACGAGUUUCAGGUUACAGCCUAA